AUGGAUGGAAACACCAGCAACGUUGUACGCCUUGCCAAGGCAUGCAGUAUAUGCAGACGGAAGAAGGUCAAAUGUGAUGGAAUUCGGCCGGUCUGUGUCCCCUGCAGAACAUUCGACUUACCUUGUAAGUACGAGGACACCGUGCGACGGAAGAAAAAACUCAACCGUGAGGAACAUUUUCAUGAGCUGGAACAGCGCAUUCAAUCUUUACAAGACGAAUUAAAUCAAGCACAUGCGUCCAAGAGACAGCGACUGCUGAGUGAUGAGGAGACAGGCCCAGAGCAUAUCCAACCGUCAGAAGCGUCUGAUUCAGAGUUACCAUCUCCGAGAAAUGACAACGCCCCAGCAUCAUUCGAGGCCGAGGCCGAUCGAAACGAUGGCGAUGGAGGGUCAUAUACCCUUAAAACUCCGAAAGGCUCAAUGCGAUUUUUUGGUGCAUCCUCUCAUUUUUCAAUUGUUGCCCCUGAGGGUGUGGGCUGGCUUGAGAGCAAGACGGGUAACAAUGUAUGGCGCCAUGUCGCUCAGAGAAACAGCACUCGAUGGAGACUAGCCGACUGGCCCUACCUCGACCCUAAUGUCCCUUCUCAUAUUAAGCAUGAAUUUUGGAUGAUCAAUGCCCUACCAGCUGGUCCUCGCAGUCUAAAACACAGCACGUCUCUUUGUACGAUGCCAGACGAUUUUGAGGCUGGAUACGGUGGUGCACAAGCGGAAGCAGUCACGUUAACAGCCGAUCACACUCCGGGUAAACCUAGCUGGAUUACAUUUUGUGCUGGGGUGUGGUCUGUGUUGCAAUUUCAGACGAAAGUCUGGUAUCAACCUGCACAGAAAGCAGCAGUUGUGAAAAACGGUGAAUUCCUUUAUAAUAUGAUACACAACACACCAGAGCGACUCCUCGCGCAUGAGUUCACCCACGGGCAUACCCAAUUUGGUGCUUAUCGUGCAAUGGAUAAAGCGUAUGGCUGGGGACCUAUUGUUGCGCUUGCUAAAAAAGACAACGCUCAAACUGAUGCUACCCAGUCACUGGCUGUCAUAAAUGCUGAUACUUUCACAUAUUGGAUCAAUGGUGUAUACUUGGAGAUGUGCAACUUCCGUAGCGGGAGGUGUGAAGACCCUGAUGAAGCAGCAAAAACGCCCUAA